UAAUAAUAAUAACAAUAAUAAUAAUUUGCUGAAGGGUCAAUGACAUCAAGGCCUAUCAAUAUCAAAAGUGGAAUCUUUCAAGGAGACUCUCUCUUUCCACUCCUGUUCUGUCUUGCCCUUGCUCCACUGAGCUCAUUACUAAAGGCAACCACUUAUGGGUAUGAAGCCCAGGGUAGAACAAUCACCCACCUCUUUUAUAUGGACGACCUAAAAACAUAUGCAAAAAGUGACAGCCAGCAAACCGGCCUACCCAAUAUUGUAAAGACAUCCAGCAAUGAUAUCAAGAUGGAAUUCGGGCUGGACGAAUGCGUUAAAGCUACAUUGAAAAAAACUUCCGAUCUACAACUUGACAUUGACACCUGUCUCAAGGAACUAGACCAAGAGAACACAUAUAAAUACCUUGGCGUGGAUGAAGGUGAUGGUAUACAGCAUGCCAAGAUGAAAGAAAAAGUGAGGAAGGAAUACUACCGCAGAGUAAGGAUGGUCCUAAAAACGGAGCUCAAUGCUGCCAAUAGAUUUGAGGCAUUCAACACCUUAGCUAUCCCAGUGGUGACCUACAGUUUUAACAAAAUCGACUGGAAGAUGAGUGAAAUCAAGAGGUUAGACACAAAAACAAGAAAACUACUCACCCUAUCAAAAAUGCAUCACACAAAAGCAGAUGUAGACAGACUAUACCUCCCAAGAAAUGCUGGUGGUAGGGGUCUUAUCGUCCAAUUAGAAGCCUCUUACAAAACAACCACGAUGGGGCUCGAUUCAUACCUAAGGAACAAUGAUGAUGCCCUAAUCGAACUAGUGCAAGAACAUGAUGGCAGAAAGAAAUUUUAUUCUAUACAAAGGCAAGCAGAACAAUUUAAACAAGAACUAGACAUAACAAUACCAGACAAACAAGCAGAAGAAACAACCACCAAAUAUGCAAAGAGAACCAAACAAAUGGCACGAAAUAAGACCCAAGAAAAAUUAACAAAGCAGUGGGAGGACAAAGCCCUACAUAGAAGAUACCCAAAGAGAACAAAGUAUGCAGAUGUUGACCACCACAAAACCAACCAGUGGCUCAAAAGCAGUGGACUGAAGGUAGAAACGGAAGGAUUCAUAAUCGCAGCCCAAGACCAAAGUCUAGCUACC